CCUUUCUACAUCCGGGUGAGUGACUGAGCUUCCUGGGUUUCCCAAAAGGAGAAGAUAUACUGAGACCCAUCUACUGGCAGCUUGUUGCAUGUAAGUAAUGUGGUUAUGAGUAAUAAAUGCUAUAUACUGCAUGCAUUGAUCGUGUAUUAAACUGAUUGCAAAUGAUUAGUACCAGAUCAGCAGUAUUUACCUGUACUGCAUUGUAUAUGGUCUGAAUUAAUAUAGAAUUAAAGACAUCCACCAAUAGUUCAGUUCCUGUUUAAGGUGUGCACCAGUAAUGGCUAAAAUCAGCGAAACCAUUUAACUGGCACAGCAUCAUAAGAAACAGUCCAUGACAGCUGGAGUGUUAAUAAACAACAGCACUGUUUUACUCGUUUAUUUCAAUUUUUAUUUAGGCAAGGUAGCAUUUUUAUCAGAAGCACAUAGACUGCAUUGACAUAUUGGCAAGGUCAGAGCUUUUUAAUCCUGUUUGCUGUUCCUAAUUGAUAAACCGGUUGAUUUCCCACCUGCAUUAUUUGAAGUUAAGGUUAGUAUUUCCUGUAUUCUCCCCAUUAGUUUGGGUAAGGCAUGUUUCCAGUAAAAUAGGAUGGAUCUGGUUUACAUAAUCCCAAUAGAUUUUCUUUAGAUACUUGUUUUGAUCUCUGAUAGUAAAAUGAUCUGGUUCCAGGCUGGAGCUGAAGAGAAUGUUCAAUUAGAAGAUGGUGACUGCCAAACUGUUCUAGUAUGGAUUGACAAUGUAUCUGCAACUGGUAUUCUGUAGCAGGAUAAUCUGAAUUCCUAUAGAUAAGGUGGGGUGAGGCAGGGGCUGAUUCAGAGAGCAGUCUUGCUAGGAGAAAUGUCAUCAUGAAAUAAGAUGAUUCACAAUCCAUCUAUGUAUUCUGUGGUCUCUCCAUGUAAGCGUGCUGUUUUGCAUCUCUGUGAUCUACACAUGCAUACAGCACAUUACUGUGAAUUGUUUUAAGAGUCUGAUAAAAUAAUUCACACGGCACAUUACUGGAGUUUUAUUGCUGGGGAGUUCGGAUACACUCAGACACUUCUGUGAUUUUAUUGCUGUGGAGAUCUGUGACUGUGAUACUGCCAUACAUUACUUUGAGUUCUAUUGCUGUGGACAAUCUGCCACUGGGACGAUUCAAGCAUGCAUAUGUUGGCUGAGAGUGUCAGGUGAGCACUUUCAGCCAAGGAGCAUGCCCAAGCAGUGACUGUGCUAUCUUCUACAGAAAUAUUUGCUUCUUUUGCUGGAGAUGUUAGGAUGCAUAAUAUUCAGCUGUGGGCCCCAUGGGGACCCAGGUGAGUUUAUAGACUGUACUAAAACUGUUUGACAUAAUGUUGUAUGGUGCCAAAGGCAUUCUAGCACAAUAACCACUAGUGGUUCUGCUGCAUGAAUUGUUCCUUUAAGGUAAAUCUUCCUUUCCACCUCCCUUUGGAGAAGGAGUUACACCACAAUUAAAAAUAUCAAAUAUCUCUUGACCUGGAAAAGAUUUACAGACCAGAUGCUUGAAUUAUAACAAUUUCAACAAGCUGUAAUUAUUUUGCAUAGAGGGGUUUUUUUUUUUUUCUUACUAUAUUUUAUAUUUUUCUUCCAUUUUACAUAGGGAUUCAUAUUGAAAUCCAUGGUUCAUUGUGUUGAACACGUUUUGUUCCAAAUACAUUUGCCAAGGGCUGAUCAACAUCAAAUUUCGACAGUUCAUUUAACAUCAGUGUAAAUGGAUUUUACUGACUCAAACAAGCUGUAUGUUUGGUAAAUCACAAAAACUGGUUAUGCUUGAUGAUUCAGCAGACUAGCCCAUAGUGAUUAUAAUGUUUUGGUAGCACAGGGUGCAUUUGUUCUUGAAAGCGUUUUGGUAAUAACAUACAGUAAAAUUGGAAUGUAGGUAUGGAUGUGGAUUUUACUAUUUCAUAAGUGAGAAAUGUUAAAUACCAUAGCUUAUUGAAUUUAAUUAAAGACACUGACAGUUAUCCAAUAAAAGGACAAUUGUCGGGAGUUUAUAGUGAAUUUCAAAUUUAAGGCAAGAGUAGCCAAACAAAGCAUGGCUGACUUGGAGAAUUUUUUUCACUUUGGCUAUUUUGGCCUUAAAUUUGAAAUUCACUCUGAAUUCCUGACAAUGCUCACCUUAGUUAACCCUGGCUAUGCCAUAUGCCCAACAAACAUAUUUAUGAACAUUUACAAAAUUGAGACUUUUUGUAGGCCAAAUCUUAGAAGAUAUUUACUCAAUGUAUUGUUAAAAAUCUGCAAACCCAGCUUCAAGUUCAUUUGCACCAGCCCCAAAUUGGAGACCAAUCAAAUUAUUGGCCUUGUCAGUAAGAUAAAGCUGAUACCUCUCUAGGUACAGUGAGCAAGUUGUCAUUGGGAUUACUCUUUUAACCUUGAGAGCAAACAAACUAAAACAUGGCACACAAGAAUACUGAGAACAGACAACUGCAGUAGAUUGUCUUGAGCUUAUAGCUUGACCUUCGUUGGGUCCCCGUUCAAUUCUCAAAAAAGCAGGCUGAUUCCUUCUGCACUGGAGAUAGAGAAACCCCAGAUGAUCGUUUCAGCCUUUUUUGACCUCAUCAGUGAGGUAUAGAUGAUACCCCAGUAGGCACAGCUAUAAGCUCAAGACUACUUGAGUUGUUUCUCUUCUCAGUAUUCUCUUGCACGUACUUUUAGUUUGUAAGUGUUAAUUCCAAGAUUUUACUAUUAACAUGACACAAAGUCAUGAUUUUAUUAAAGACACGGAGGCGAGUAUUAUGCUUCUCUUUCUUUAAUUUCCCUCAGCAGCGAAGAGAGAUAUAUGCAAAGAAGCGAGAAAAAUAACAUAAUAUUAUCAUAUUCAUAGUGCUACCAAAGGUAUCCACCCCCUUUAGUAUAUAAGGUGUAGCACUCCCUUCCUCUUCCUCUUUCCGUAGCGAUCCGAAGACCAGUCAAUAAUCAAAACGAUGAACUUGAACCGUAACUGGAAACAAAAAACCUUGGAUAGCAUCCAUACAUCCAUACUUUAUGGGCAAACUGUGGAAUUGUCUUCCAAGACUAUAACACUUCAAUAGGAGUAUUCAGGCUAAAAAGAGAGGAGAAAAUAUGGUAAUAUCGUGGUUGUCACCUGAUUGUAACAUAUACUUCAAUGUAGGCAAUUAUUUGAGUCUGAAUAUAUAUAUCCUCAACAGUCAAGACGUCAUCAUACAUGAUAAGCAAAGUUCAAACUACAUCCAACAUGGUAAACCAACUUACCUGAUUGACUCAGGAAUCUAAUAUGAGAAAUUUAACAAGUCUGAACCACUUAGUCUUAUAACUGUCUGAACUAUGAAUCCCAAGAGAUCCACCCAGGGAGGGCGGGAGGGAAUAAUACUCGCCUCCGUGUCUUUAAUAAAAUCAUGACUUUAUGUCAUGUUAAUAGUAAAAUCUUGGAAUUUUAUUAAAGACACGGAGGCUCCUAUUAUGCUCUUUUAAAGCUGAGCUAUAAUCCUAUCUGAGAAAUGUUGAAUGGGUUUAAAAUAAAAAUUUCGGAAUGUGGACUCUGUAGACCAAUCUGCGGCUUUUAAGAUGUCUUCCAAUCGACAUCCUACUACCGAUGCUUUGGAGGCCAUAGCGCCCCUGACAGAGUGUGGUGUGAAGACCGUGACAUCUAUCCCGGCUGAGGUUAACAGCCACUUGAUCCAACGGGCGAGAGUAGGUGUAGUUACAGGGAGAUGUGGUUUCUUCAGUGAAAUGAACAAAGGGCCGUCAUUAGCUGAACGUAGAGUGGAAGUGCGAGAUUCGUAUUCCUUCAAGCACAGUAUCGGGCAUAGACUCGGUUGAUCCGGGAUCCUCGGAUAAAAAACCUGUUUAGUCGAUGAUUUCGUUCUCCGUGAGAUAUCGAAAGACACUCCCUCCGGAGUGAACACACGGGCUUGCCAGUCCAAGGCCCUUACGUCAGAUACCCGCUUACAGGAUAGUAAACAGAAUAGCAUGAGUAAUUUAGCCGACAAUUGUUUUAAUGACAAUUCUGCGUUGGAGGGCCAUUCUGCUAGGAGCUUGAAAACUAUGUUGACGUCCCAAAAGGAUCCAUAUCUAGGUUUAGGCGGACGUGAGAAGCGUAUACCUUUGAGCAGGCGACAGACCAAUGGAUUCUGCCCGAUUGGUAGGCCGUCCACGAGAUCAUGACCAGCCGAGAUGGCAGAUCGAAACAUGUUGACGGUACGAAAGGCUUUUCCCGAUUCGAACAAGUGUGUCAGGAAAUCCAGAACCGUUUUCACAGAGGUUGAUACGGGAUCCACCGAUCUUUCCAGGCACCAAUUGGCCCAUGUCUUCCAUGCCGCAGUAUAUGCCCGUCGAGUUCCUGGUGCCCAAGCAUUUGCCAGGAGUUGGGUAGUCGUUCUCGAAACUUCCGAGAUUUCCCAAGGUCCCCGGAAAGGAGCCACGCCAUCAGUCGAAGGAGUCCUUGUUCCACCAUGUUGUGGUUCUCCCCCUCCGGAUUGGUCAGCAGUGAGGGUUGGUCCGGUAACAGCCGUGGGCAAUCGAUCGCCAUUUCCAGCAGGUGGGGAAACCAAGGUUGAGAUCUCCAGCAUGGUGUUAUCAGAACCAAAGUGCUCCUGCAGCGUCGGACGUACGCCAGAGUUCGGGCAAUCAGGUUGAAUGGAGGGAAGGCAUAUGCUCGUCCCUUGGUCCAGUCCUGGAGAAAGGCAUCCGUAGCCAUGGCUUCUGGAUCGGGUCGCCAACUGUAAAACUGAGGAAGUUGGGUGUUCAGUCUUGAAGCAAAAGGAUCCACAUUCAAAGGACCCCAUAACUGAUUGAUCUUGUAGAAUAUCAUCGGUUGAAGCCUCCAAUCCCCCAUGUCUCGCAGAUAUCGGGAGUUCCAGUCCGCGGUGUAAUUGUCCAAUCCCGGUAUGUGUUCCGCGGUUACGGACACCUUGUUCUGCAAGCAAAAUUGCCAGAAGUCUCGAGCCAAAAUAGCUAAGAUGCGUGACUUGGUACCUCCCAGAUGGUUUAUGUAUCUGACUGCCGAGACGUUGUCCAACUUGAGAAGGAUCGAGCAUGAAAUUCCCUUGGGUGAGAGGCUGCGGAUGGCAAAGGAGGCUGCCAGCAGUUCCAGCGAAUUUAUGUGCAGAAAUGAUUCGUCUACCGACCAUCUGCCUCCUGUGGAUAUAGAGCCGCAACGCGCGCCCCAGCCAUGUAAGCUUGCGUCCGACUCUAUCACUAGGUCCGGGGUGGAACCGAAGAUUGCUCGUCCGUUCCACGCUUCCAUGUGAGUCAACCACCAUUUCAGUUCUUCCCUGGACUCUACGUCUAAGGAGACGGUGGACUCGUAUGACUGACUGUUCCUCAAGCAGGUUGCUUUCAGACGUUGAAGCGCCCGGUAGUGCAAUGGUCCCGGGAAAAUCGCUUGGAUGGAGGCAGCUAGUAAGCCGAUCAUCCGUGCUAGUUGUCUCAGUGAAAUGUCCGGCCGGUUCAAUAACCGCCUUAUUUCCUUUUUGAUGAUGGAAAUCUUUUCUGUUGGGAGGCAUAGGAUUUGUUGAACAGAAUCGACUCGGAAUCCUAGGAAUUCCAUCUGCUGAGAGGGUUGUAGCACCGACUUCUCCCAAUUCACCAGGAAACCGAGGUUUUGGAGGAGGUGAAGGGUCCAUGACAGGUGUGUUAGUAAUAGUGAGCGUGUACUCGAGAGUAUGAGGAUAUCGUCCAGAUAUAUAAUCAGACGAACUCCGUGUAACCUGAGAAAGGCAACCACCGGUUUCAGUACCUUGGUGAAGCACCAAGGGGCGGAGGACAGUCCGAAAGGAAGGCAGGUGAAACGCCAUUUCCUUGCUUCCCAUCGGAAUUGUAACAGAUCCCUGUGAUCUGCAGCUAUCGGUAUUGUGAGGUAUGCAUCCUGCAAAUCGAGUUUUACCAUCCAAUCUCCCGGGAGGAGCAAAUCUCGGAGGCAGUGAAUGCCCUCCAUUUUGAAGUGCCUGUACUGGACGAAGGCAUUGAGGGGCCGCAGGUUGAUAACCGGACGGACCCCCCCUCCUUUUUUCGGCACUAAGAAUAGAUUGCUUACAAAACCUGGUGUAUGUAGAGGGAUCUCCUCUAUAGCGUUUUUGGACUGCAGUACCUUGAUCUCUGCGGUUAUGAGGUCGUGGUGUGACUUUGGUAAAUGAGGCACGUGAGGUGGGGAGACCCGAGAGGGAAGAUCUGUCAAUUCUAGGUGGUAACCCAUUAUCGUCUGUAACACCCAUACAUCGGCUGUGAUCAAGCGCCACGCUUGGUGGAACAACGCCAGUCUGCCCCCCACAUUUAUAUGUGAAAAAUGGGGAAAAAUAGCACUUACCAUAAGGGCGUUUUCCUGGGGGUGUUCCUCUGCCGCCGCGGGCAUGCCAAGGUCUUCCUCGAGUGGGGAAGAAUGGUGUAUAGGCACGCUCCUGAUACAGUCUUUGGGUGUUGGAGGAGCCUCUGCCCGGUCUGGAGAAACCUCGGGAAUUGCGGCCGGAUAGACGGCUCUUACCUCUACCGGCCCCGCCGAAAACCUUUUGGCUAAAGACUCGUUUGAUGGACGAUUGAGCUUUGUCCAGGGCCGUGAAGGUCUUCACGUAUGAGCCCAAAUCCUUAACAAAGGACUCACCGAACAACAGUCCUUUAGCUGAAGCCCCAGGUACAGUGGAAGCCAUGCUAGCUAGCUUAGGCUCGAUCUUGAGCAGGAUAGCUUUCCUGCGUUCAGUAGAUAUGGCUGUGUUAGCGUUCCCGAUCAUACACACGAUUCGUUGAAGCCAGCCAAAUGCAACUUCAAAAUCCAGGUCAGUCUCACCUGACUGGGCUGCCUCUAGUAGCUCAUAUAAUUUAGUGACUGGGCCCAGUGUGUCCAGGAGCUUGUCCUGACAGUUGCGGAGAGAAUAGUCAAGUCCCCUCUUAGGCUUCCAGCCGGUUUUAGCCAGGAAUUGGACUAUCUGCGGGUCCACUUCAGGGGUCUUAGCCACCGCAUCUGGCACAAUGGGACGUGGGCAUUCUGCCCUUAAUUUAUUGCGACCCUCUUGGGAGAGGGACUUACGCACUCUGAGUGCUAGGUACUGAGCGAUAUGCUCUGGGGGCUCCCAUUCAGCGGAGCGUGGAUGUCUUAGGUUAUCCGGGUCAAAUGAAAGUACCUCUUUAGCAUCGUGGGUAGCGUCAGACCCGGGCGUCUCUAGCUGAGUCUCUGCAUGAGCUGACGCUGACGGGAACUGUUUCCCUUGGAGGCUCUCGCUCUCUGAAAACUCAUCCUCGUAAGGAUCAGAGUAUUGGACAUCCGACCCCUCAUCCCCUUCAUUGUCUGAGUCAGACAUGGUAUCAUGGGCCCGCGCCCGUUUCCAAUCUCUGGCCGCCGUAGCCCGGCCAGUAGCUCUACUGCGCGGUUGUUGCGCGCCAUCACAGACAGCCUGAGGCGUGUCAAUCAAUGCAGGACGAACCUGCGUGGGGGGGGGUUCUUGAGGAUGUUUGCGCUUGCUAAGCGCCUUGCGCCCUAGUAACGCCCCUUCAGGGGCUGCCUGCGGUACCGCAGGGGCAGAGAGAGGAUGGGCCUGUCGGAGAGCCUGGGUAAUAGAUUGGGAAAUGGUCGAGGACAUGGCCCCCAUGGCUGAUGAAAUGGCCUUGGUGAUAGAGCUGGACAUAGUGGCGUCCAAUAGGCUCUGGAAGUCCUCCGAGCCCAUGAGGCCAGGGUCAGCCUGUGGGUCAGGGCCAGAUGUGCGCCCAGAGGGACUAAGGUGGCUAGGGGUAGCAUCACCAGCAGACUACAUGGUGGAGACAGUGAGUGCAAGUGAGGAAAAAACAAGAAAAAGUGACAGGCAGGGUUGAUUAACCCAAUACAGGAGAGAUAAGGCAGUAGGCCAGAGAGGACUGGUCACAGAUUACCCCGUCUGAAGUAAGCAGAGGAGCAACGAAGCGUGCUGGUCAAGAGAAUUCCGGUACCGCGGAAAAACUAGUUAAAAUGGCCGCCGGCAGGGCCGGCGACAGAAAAACCAACAAAAUGGCCGCCGCGAGCGUACCGCGCAUGCGCGGCGCCCGCGAUCGGCAUAAACGAAAGCGAAAGUAAAAAACCGCCGCGCGGCCGAGCAGAGCCGGCGGCGUAUACAAGCAGGGAGCCGGGAACCGAGCGAGGUAGCACUCUGGUAAGCCCUCGCUGCGGAUUCCCGGCUAAUAGAGAGGUUGGCACAGGCAAGAGAAUUAGGGAGAAAAAAGUCCCACCCAGAGGUGGGGAGAGGGUAAAGACCAACCUGCCUAGCAAGGCAAGGUGGGGUAGACAAUUAUGAAAAAAGGAAAUCACAUAAAUGCACACAGGGACAGAAACCCAGAUAAUAAAAGGCUAAUGGGAGCAAUAACAACAAUAAAAAUCCCUGAGUAGGGAUAGUAUACAAAAUCCCACAAUGAAUAAUCAAAUAUAAUGGAGCAGAGAAAAUGUACCUAGCUGGUCUGAGGGAGCAGCGAAGAAAGAGGAAGAGGAAGGGAGUGCUACACCUUAUAUACUAAAGGGGGUGGAUACCUUUGGUAGCACUAUGAAUAUGAUAAUAUUAUGUUAUUUUUCUCGCUUCUUUGCAUAUAUCUCUCUUCGCUGCUGAGGGAAAUUAAAGAAAGAGAAGCAUAAUAGGAGCCUCCGUGUCUUUAAUAAAAUUCAGCAUAAUCGGUAUGACUUGGAGGGCUUAUUCUCUAGGAAGAGCCACAGUUUCUGUUGUGGUCUUAUUGCUUAGAGUGCCACUUAAAGGGACACUAUAGUCACCUAACAACUUUAGCUUAAUGAAGCAGUUUUGGUGUAUAGAACAUGCCCCUGCAGCCUCACUGCUCAAUCCUGUGCCAUUUAGGAGUUAAAUCCCUUUGUUUAUGAACCCUAGUCACACCUCCCUGCAUGUGACUUGCACAGCCUUCCAUAAACACUUACUGUAAAGAGAGCCCUAUCUAGGCUUUCUUUAUUGCAAGUUCUGUUUAAGUAAGAUUAAUUAAGAUUUUCUUAUCCCCUGCUAUGUUAAUAGCUUGCUAGACCCUGCAAGAGCCUCCUGUAUGUGAUUCAAGUUCAAUUUAGAGAUACAAAUAUUUAAGGUAAAUUACAUCUGUUUGAAAGUGAAACUAGUUUUUUUUUUUUUUUCAUGCAGGCUCUGUCAAUCAUAGCCAGGGGAGGUGUGGCUAGGGCUGCAUAAACAGAACAAAGUGAUUUAACUCCUAAAUGACAGUGAAUCGAGCAGUGAAAUUGCUGGGGAAUGAUCUCUACACUAAAACUGCUUUUAUUUAGCUAAAGUAAUUUAGGUGACUAUAGUGUUCCUUUAACCCCUUAAGGACACAUGACAUGUGUGACAUUUCAUGAUUCCCUUUUAUUCCAGAAGUUUGGUCCUUAAGGGGUUAAUACAAUCCAACAAACCUUUGCCCCUUCACCAAGUCUUAAAUCCUGUGCAGCCUUUGAGGGGUUAUAACAUUACCAGAAAUCCCAGCAAACUACAGUGACCUUCCAACCCUCUUGCUUAAGGUUAAAAGGUUUAUAGUAGUAGAGAUUAGCGUACCCAGUAUCUACGGGGACAUUUAAUGAAGCAUUUGUGCUGCAUUUUUUGCGACUUGAUCUGACAUCCCCAGAGGAACAGAGUACCAGGAAAAAAAACAACAUGGUGAGACAGGGAUUUCAUAAAUAAAUGGUUAAUUUAGAAUAGUAAUCUAAAUACUUGUUUAUUGCAAGGACUUUGGAUCUAUAGUCAGGCCGUUUGUUUGAAAUUAUUAUUUUUUUUUUAAACCUUAUUGUUUUAUAACAGCGUUUGUUUUAAAGUGGUAACGGUGUGAUAAUCCCCACUAAGAAGUCAAUACUGACAGCUUGCAUCCUAAAUAUGCAUGGGAAGAAUAGCAUUUUCACUGUAAAAAUCUUGCAGUCUCUUCUAUUUACUAAAAUACAUGCAUCAACCUAUGUUUUGUUUUUUCUCUACCAAAAAUAGUACAGUAUGAAGAGAUGUGGAAUUAAAAAAACAAAAAUAAACCACCAAGGGACUAAAGUGAUAGCCCAAUCUACUUAAAUGUGACACACAAUUCUAAUUAGAAUGAUUUGGGUUUCUGCCUAGAGGCAUAGUGUCUCUCCCUUUGAGAGAGAGACUUUGUGUGCUGGCUGGAUGUGAUCCCUGGUGGUCCAGCAGGGGUAAAACUCUCUGGUGAUCCAGUGAGUGAGCAUAUUGUGCCUUCUUCUGGUCCUGGCACUCAAUGAUAAGUCAGCAUACAAGCUCAGGUACCAGGCGGCCUAUGUUCUGAGCCAAUAGUGAGCACAGGAUUGUAAGGGAUCACUAUAAACUACAGUACACAGUAGUGGUUAUGGUACCAGGAGUUCCAUGGUGGUGGUUUAAUGGCUUUACACUUUUUUUGACUCUCCUAGGCACCUGUGGUCAUAUAUGAUCCCACUAAAGCAGUAAAUCCAAUUACGCGCUAGCAAGUACCUUUAAAAACAGUUGACUAUUAGUGCUGGAGAGUGCGAAGGACUCCAACCACCAUGACUACUUCAGAGAGCAGUAGUGGUUAUGGUACAUAGACUGCCCCUUUAGACAGUAAAAAAAAAACCCCAAAAAACCUUAAUUCAACUGGCAUGGUUGGGGGCGAGAAUCACAUCCCCUUACACCUACAGUUUAAAAUUAUUUGAGGGUCUUCACUUUACACCCUCAUUCUACAGCUACGACUGUGACUAUGACUACUUUGGCUGGCUCGUCAAGGGUUAAGCCCAGUUCCUGGCAUCAUUGGUUUAUUAAGUUAGUUUAUUAGAUGAGCUUGCUGUACAGACUAUUUUAGUGUUCUAUCAGGGAUUGUAGCUGUGCAGUCAGCACAUGACAGCUGUGGGAGAUCCCCUGUAUUCGAUAGGUGUGGGAGAUCCCCCUUAUUUCCCACACACUAUACCAAUCCUUCCCGCCCACUUCAUUUGUAGGCGCUCCCUCUGACAUGUUCUACGUAAGCAACUUGGGGGUGUAAAAGAAUGUUCGCUAAUAGCAGCGUAGCGUUUCGGCCCGUACUGUGGCCUCUCUUGCUGCUCAAGGUGAGUGGAGAAUAUGGCUGCGGUUAGUGCGGCACUUAAAGGCGCCGUACACACAGGGGGCGGGGUCUGUGUGCAAGAUGCAAGUGUUUGCUGAAUUGUUGGUUUUAAAUAUAUGUUUUUCUCCAGCAAUACGAAUUGUGUGGCAAUUGAGUAUUCCCCAGCAGUUUGUGGUUGCGGGCUGACUGGCUGAGUGUUAUGUGUACUGCAGUUGAUGGUCAUGGCUGGCUGAACAUUGUUAGGAGCAUGGUUAUGAACAGCCAAAGUGUUUCAGGUUAAACCCCAAGGAUUGAUAAUCUCCUGAUACCUGAAUGUGGCUACAUACAGUAUAUAUACAUUACAGUCUUAACCAGAGUGUCCAAAUGGCAGAUCUCCAGUUGUAGAACUGCAACUCCCCUGUUGCUUAGCCACAUCUGUCCACCCUGAUCUGCACCAUACAGGGUAUAGUUACUGUCACUCUUCAUUUUAGGGGCUAUGGGCUCCGUUGGUCUUUGUAAGACUGUCUGGGGGUGUGAGCCUGUGAUGAGUUACAUUUCAGCCUGCUAUAGAUAUUGUGCUGAAUUUGCCAGCAUGCAGGGUGCCAUAGAUCGAUACCUCUUUUUUAGGGGUGCACUCUUUGACUAUCUUUUACACCCCAUAAUUACUUGACUGCCAUUUCCCAGCAGAUCUCAGGUAAGUUGUCAAACUGUUCUUAAAUGGUUUGACUACUUACUGUGGGAAGGGGUGCCGGCACUAUUGACACCAUAACCACUACACUGAGCUGUAGUGGUUAUUGUGUCAGGAUUAUUUCUUUAAAUAAUCUACAAGUGCCCCUCCCGAGAUCGGGCUCUGGAUCCGCCACAGACAGACACACACACACACACUUUUUUUUUUUUAUUGCAUCCUUGUAACUUUCACAGUUUAGUGCCCAAUGUUCUGUGUACAUUUUGCAAAAAGUGCAAAAUAUUAAAAAAAAGUUUGGCUUAUCUUGACAGUAGUAAGCAGGACAAAACAGUGCUAACAGUGAUUAUGAAAAAAACAAACAUGUACCUGUAUUCCAGUUGCACCAAAUUGUGGCAGAGAAUUUGGCAAACGUGACCUUUUUCAAUCAAUUUAUAGAAUUAUAAUUUCAUCAUCUCCUCCUGGCAUUGCAGCAUCUAAAUAAUGUACAAACUAAAAUGCAUUUAUUUACAUUAAAUAGUGUUUACUAUACACUGAUCUUUGAGCAACAGUUUUAAAGGAUCACUAUAGUGUCAGGAAAACAAACCCGUUUUCCUGACACUAUGUCAUCCUUAGGGGACCCUCACCCUCAGGGUCCCCCUCCUGUGGCACUGAAGGGGUUAAAACCCUUUUAGCAGUUUACCUUAAUCCAGCGCUGGUGACCUCUCCUCCCCCGCCGACGUCCGCUCCCAAGUGGAGAGGAAUGCGCAUGCCCGGCUAAAGCUGUGCGUGCAUUCUAACAGUCCAUAGGAAAGUAUUUCUCAAUGCUUUCCUAUGGACGUUCUGCACGCCGGAUGCGAAUUUCGCAUCCAGUGUUGCAGAAGUGCCUCUAGCAGCUGUCAGGAAGACAGCCACUAGAGGUUGGAUUAACCCUGCUAUGCAAACAUAGCAGUUUCUCUGAAGGGUUAAAACCUGAGGGACCUGGCACCCAGAACCCUUCAUUGAGCUGAAGUGGUCUGGGUGACUAUAGUGUACCUUUAAAAAAUAUUUCUUCCUUGGUCUUCCGGCGGCCUUUAGGCCAGCUCCUCUUCAGAUAUUGUUAAAUAUUGAUACAGCAUUAACAACACAUUGGUAAAAAGUGGAUAGAAAAAUUUACACUGAUCUGGGCAUAAAAAUGGUUAGAGAACCACAACAUGAAAUGAUCACUCAAUCUAAGCACUAGUGCAAAAGCUAUCUCUCAGAGAGUACCCUACUAGCGAUUUGUAAAAAUUCACUGCAGCUAUAAGACCAUUUUACUGACCUUGACAUAGAGAAGAAGGGGCUUUAAUUUUUUCCUUUGUUAUAUCAAUUUUGUCCAAUAAGUGAGAAUCUCUCUCUGCUCAUUGGAUAUAGCUGAGUUGAUAAUUGCAUAAAUGCAUGGUUGGUUGCUUGAUCACCAAUAUAAACUUAAAUCAGACGUGGUGUGGCUUCUAUCUGUUUAUUGAACUCUUCUGCUCAUCUUAUGUGAUAAGUGAACUGUGACUGAAGAAUAAACUGCUUAUUCUGUAAACCCCUGCUGGAUAAAGAUUUCUGGGGUAGAAUCAGACUUAUAUUGCUGGAACCAUCUAGGCAACACCGGUUAAGGAGCUGCGCACACAUAAAAUUAAUUUUUAAACAAUGGUUACAAAUGUUACAACUAGCUUGUUUGAUACUCCUUAAUCCAAAGUGCUAUUUAUUGAAUUCAUGGAAGUUUUUUAUUUUUACUUGUAAUCGUGACAAAUGCAUUUAUAUAUAUAUUUUGAAAUCUCCUGACUCACCCCUUUUAUUUUGGCAUGAUCCAGGCAAGGCUCAUAAAACACUGCAGAACAAAUAAAGGGACGCUAUAAAAAUAGAGCCAGAAAAGACUAGAAUAUAUGUACCAGUUCAGGGGUUGAGGAUUGUUGAUGCACACCAAGGCAAAAUGUGGUGAGGGACAAAAAGAUUUUCUUAUGAAAAAGAGGACAGAUCAAUACAUGGUCAUGCAUGUAUUUCUUCAAAGAAAGAUAGCCUGUUAAUAAAAUUGGCCGAUACCCGUGUAUUCUGUGUUUGUUUUAUUUAAUAUGGUCCUUGCAAUCAAUAACAAAUGUAGGAAGAUAUAGCUAAAUACCAAUUAAUUCAUACUCAAUUAUCAGACAUUUUUCAUAUUUCUUUUGCUCUGUCCUGAUUCUCCCUUUUCACAUUUAAACACAAAAAAAAUCUUUUCAGAUAAUUUAUAUUUAUAUUUUGCAUGUACACACACAAACAUUCAGAAGGUGUUUAUAAAUGUUUACCCACGGUACUAUUUUCAGAUUUCCCCUCUAAUUAUCUUUGUGUCCCAAGGACCAUAGCACUUGUUUUAUUGGGGAUGAGUCAUUGUAUCAGGUUGUGUUAUGGAAUCCUUUAGAGACCUACUGUUUAUAUGGUGGUCCUUUAAAACACUAAAGCUGUCAUUGCUCAAAAGUAAUUAUUGAUAUUGGUUUGCCCCUGAAGUUUGCUAAAUUAAAGGGACACUAUAGUCACCAGAACAACUACAGCUUAUUGAAUUUUGUUCUGGUGAGUAGAAUCAUUACCUUUAGGCUUUUUGCUGUAAACACUGUCUUUUCAGAGAAAAUGCAGUGUUUACAUUACAGCCUAGUGAUAACUUCACUGGACACUCCUCAGAUAGCUGUUAGAGAUCCUUCCUGGGUCAUGGCUGCCUAAAAUGCAUCCAAACAUUCAGUGUCUCUUCCCUCUGCAUGCAGACACUGAACUGUACUCAUAGAGAUUAAUUGAUUCAAUUCAUUCAAUACAAGUUUGUGUUCCUGACUCUGUAGUGAUCCUUUAAGUUAUCGUUUAAUUGAAAACCUAACCUAGAAGACAACCUUUUUUUUUUUUUUUUUAACAUUUUUGUUAUUGUGAAUGACAACACAUGCAUCAUAGCAUCACUAUUAAAGCCAAUAGAAUACAACAGUUGAGAGGGCAUAGGAAACAUUUGUUGAUAGUGCAUAUGAAACAUUUUACAUUCACAUUUUCACAACAGUAAGUAAGUGCACAUAAUUAAAAGCAAAGAAGACUUCUUUUUAAGUGAAAACAAAAUAAUUUUGAAAUAAAUUAAUUGGUGAUCGGAUAUGGAGGAUGCUACUGGUUUCAGAGAAAUUAGGUUUAAAUAAACACUCCAAGCACCACAACUACUUAAAAGUGCUACGGUGGUUAUUGUGGCCUGAUUGCCCUGGCACGCUCCCAGGGUAAGUGGUCAGUUUGUUUGCCAAUGGUUGGACAACUUAUCGGUGGCUCAAUGGGAGCUGUUCAUGUCCAGGAGAGCCAGAAGGUUUUUGCACUGAGCUAACCCGCAUUGCAUGGUUCAGUUCUCAGCCUGUGAGCCUGUCUUGCACUGCAGGUCUUGGCUCAGGUGAGCCAACAUAAAAACAACCUGGAGACCUACUUGGUCGCUGACCCCUCUUAUUGUGAUGCGCUGUCUUCAAGAAGUCACUAGUAGUUGAAGUCAUUGCAAAAUGUAAACAGUACUCUUGAAUUUGUGCUAUUUUUAAGACUGCAGGGGCAGCAUCUAUGCCCCAAAGUAACUCCAUUAACAGUUUUACUUUCCCUUUAAACAUGCUUUGGUUGGUCAAUUGACAGCUCUCCUUGUUCUGUGUGGUAUAUGGAUGUCACAAACUGUGGUAUCAAUCUGAACACAUGCAGUGGUACUGUACUAUGUAUACAAAUUGUAUUUGUUUGUCUUUGAUAUACACAUACUCUUUCCCUUUCAUGAUAACCAACAAGGUUAGGCCAUGCUACCAUGUGGGAUAAAGUACACACAAUGUCAGAUAUGACUUGGCAUCUCUUUAUAGGGAAUACUGUACAUUUAAUUGUGUGCAAGCCACAUAUAACCAACAAUUAAUGGGUUCCUGUAACUGAAGAUCUAAUACAUGUUGCUCCCUCUCAUUUUUCUUUGUUUUUGCAUACAUUCAUUUGUUGAUUACUUAAUAAUUGUUUUUCUUUUCCACAUUUAGACAAGUUCUUUGACGAGGACAUGUCAUGCAACUGUCCAAAGAUGUCAAGUGCCAACUUUGAAAUGGAACAGGAACAGGAGUUUGCAGAGGAACCUGCUCGAAUUACAUCAUUUUCCAAUUUCCCAAGCACCUGCCCAAUCUCAGCUCCAGCACUCGCCCGUGCUGGAUUUUAUUACACUGGAAUUGAGGACAGAGUCAAGUGUUUUAGUUGUCAAGGAAUCGUUGAAGGUUGGCAACAUGGCGACACUGCUAUAGGAAAACAUCGCAAAAUAUCCCCAAACUGCAAGUUCAUUAAUGGAUUUAAUGUAACAAGCGAUUGCAUCCAGACUCAAGUACCUGUUAUUCCAAAUUCAAAUCCACACAUCGAUGGAAAUUGUUCACAAGAUGUAGCUAACAAUGUGAUGCAUGUAUCCAGUUCUGCAUACCAUUCGGACUUCUUGUUGAGGACUGGAAGAGUUGUUGAUGAGUCCAAAGCCAAAUAUCCAAAAUACCCAGAUAUGUGUGAUGAAGAAAAUAGACUGAAAACAUUUCAUAACUGGCCAAAUUAUGUCCGCAUAACACCAAAAGAGCUUGCCGCUGCAGGUCUUUUCUAUUCAGGCAUCAAUGAUCAGGUGAAAUGUUUCUGUUGUGGUGGAAAAUUAAUGAACUGGGAGCCAAGUGAUAAAGCAUGGACAGAGCACAAGAGGCAUUUUCCUGAAUGUUUUUUUGUCUUGGGUCGAGACGUGGGGAAUGUGACCCAUGAGUCCAGUGGAACAUCAAACAGCAGUAGACAAGGUUCUGAAAUCACUGAUAAUCCAGGCAUGAACCAAUACAAGGCUCGCUUGGAUAGUUUUGCUCAAUGGGUGUUUUCCACUAACAAAGAGGCACUCGCUAAAGCUGGUUUUUAUAGCAUUGGUGAGAAUGUAACUUAUUUAUCUUAAAUUUGUGCUUAUACCCAUGUAAAAAAUGUUCUUGCCCCAUGACCACUUCAAAACGCUAACAGUAUCUAAAUAGUCAGGUUUUCUGGGCUAAUAAUUGUAAUAUUGAUUCGUUCUAUUCCAUGGUUGAUAAUGAAAAUGGAGCUGCUUGGGUUUUGGCUCUAAGAUAAUUGCACAACCCAAUACCUGAACUAAAGUAUUUGUUAGAAUAAUAUAGUGUUGGGAAUACAAAUUUGUAUUCCUAACACUGUAGUGCUCUUUUUUUUUUUUUUUAUUCUUUUUUUUUUUUGUUGCGCAAAAAAGAUUAACAAUCAUGCUUGCUAUGCCACAACGGCAGACAUAAACAUUUCAAGAGACAGGAUAGUAUGGCAUGUAAUUGAUAACAGCACAUUUUUUUUUUUUUAUUUUUUCACAAGUUAAAUCAAGAUGUGUCAGUGAAUGAGUAUACAUCAGGGUUGAUGGAGACAUGCUUGUAGCCUGACACUGAGUGAGUAAAUAUAGUAAGUUAACAUGCUAUUGAAACAUUAAACAGGUGAACUCAAGAUGUGUCAGCAAGAGAAUAUGCAUAAGGGUUAAUGAAGACAUGCUUUGUAGCCUGACACUGAGUGAGUAAAUAUAAAAAGGUAACAAGCUAAUUCUCAAUCUAUUCAGUAGCUUAGUAGCCGCUGGGUAUUAAUCUAAGGGCACAGAGAAAGGACAGACUUAGCUGCACUAUGGUCUCAUGCUGGACAGACUAUGCCACAAAGAGGUCGCCUUAAGCCGGCUCCCUUCCAUGUAAACUCAGUGUCCUCUUUCUCUCUCUCAGGCAGAUCGGUAUGUCAGGCUGGACUUCCGGCUUGCAGGUUGCUGGGUAAGGACUGUGCCUCUGCUUUUUUUCCACCCGAACUCCUUUUCCUGUUGUUUUCCCAGGGGUUCUCUGUCAUCGCUUGGUGGAGGUAUAGGUCUGGGGUCGUUCAGGAUGCUUGGGAGACUUCCAGGCGCUUGGGUGGCUGGGUUGCUGUGUCACCGCUUGGGCCCUCAGCUCAGGGCGUGGUUGCGUGCUGGGGGUGAGUUGUCUGUCAGAGAUGUGCGCCCAGAACUCCUGGCAGAGUUGGUCAAAUCGAGCCUCAAAGCCUUCCCUCCAUUUCAGGCUGCCAGCGACUUUCUGGGCCUGUAGGAACCCGCGGGUCGGCGGCCAUUUUAGACUCACCAUGCGGUCUCCUGCCCGGCGGGAGAGUCAGAGGGUGCAGAGAGAUGGGGUUCCCCAACGGGGACCGGGAUAUCUCCCACUGGUCCAGGGGGGUGGGGGUUGCGGGGCAUCAGGGCUGUUGCUGAGAGAUGCGCCCCUGGCGACGGAAGAUCGGCCACCUCCCCCGACUGCCUGGCUGUUAUUCCCUUCAGGCACGGCUGUGCAGCGUGUUUCAUACUUGCUGGUGCUGCCGGUCCUUGCUGCUUUAGGUUGGUGCUCGGGCACGGUUGUUUGUAGUUUGCUAGCAGGGGAAAAUGGGAUUUUUUUCAGCCCGUUUGUGCAGGAGCCGAGCUGCAGCACGUCUGGCCAUCUUGGCUGCCAGGCCCCGCCCCUAAAGUGCUCUUUUAAAUAAUUGUACUUCCUGCUAAUAUUCUCCCUGAACAGGUGUUUGCAUUCUCGACUUGACAAAAGGAAUGACUGGAACGUAUGAACCUGCCAUGUUAUUGCGGCAUAAUGUUUGUCAUUGGUCAUUGUCUGCUUUGUACAGUAUGUCCUUCGUUAAAAAAUGUUGCACACUUUGGGGCACUUGUAAAUCAUUUGCAUUCUGUACAUGUUUCUCUGAGUUUGGCCUGCCCUGCAUUAAGGGAAGGAGGUGCCAAGAUUAGAAUGAACACUGUUUGUGCACUUUGAUAAAGGUACAAAGACCCAGCCCUUUUUUUGUUUGUUUUUUUUACUUGCUUUGCUGGAAGCCUCACUUUGAUAUAUGUUACAGUAGCAUUUGAUGGUCAGUAAAAAUAGAAUUUCCAAGCACUAAAAUACUUAUUUCUCUCCAAGCACUUCACUACCAAAAUUGUGUACACAUUAAAACAGUCCAUCCUUCCAUAGUUUAAAAGCAGAUCUGUCACUUUUGGGUAUCUUUACAUAUUUUGCAAAGACCCCAAAGAUGUGAUCUCCGGUUAGGGUCUGGUGGCCGUGGGGAGCAGUAAAAGCUGGGUUUACUUAUGUGAAGCUGUCCCUUAUAUCUGUCUCCAUCUUCUUGCUGAAUAAAUUCUUUGGCUCCUGGUACUUCAUCUGCCUGGAGAAUGUCAGUGUUGUACUCUUGUGCAUGCACAAGAGUACAACAUUGAAGUCUACUGAGGGUCCAAGGCGGAAGGAGCGAGAAAGUGCCUUAAUCCCAACGCCGUCACUUGUGAUGUCUGCUGGGAUUGGACAGAAGUUGACUGCAGAGCUCCGCCUUUUGUCAAUCUCGGACCUUCCCAUAAGACAAAGUAGUCUCCAACCUGUCUUAUGGUAUCAUUGGAUUGCCAUGGACUUUUAAUACAUUUCAGCACAGUCCGCAUGAGUAUUUCAUAAAGAUUAUGUCUUUUAUAAAAUACUCAUGUGACAGAGCCGCUUUAAUUUAGAUUUUCAAGUGGCUGCUUGGUCAUUUUGUAAUUCAUUGAACAUGAAUCACUUGUGCUGUGCAAUACAGCUUAGUACGGAAUCUCAUUCAGUUUUGAGGGGAAAAAAUGAAAAUGCUUGUGUAAAUGACUAGACUCUACAGGUGGCAUAACCUGAAUUUGAAAUCAUUAAUUAGAAUAUUUCGUCUUUUGUGGUUUUGUUUUUUUUGCCUGAAAGGGUUAUCCCUUUCAUUCAUUUAGCUUUGGUCCCUUGCGUGUUUGAUAUGUUCAUUGACAAAAAGUCAAGGAUUGCAGAACUUCUAUUCUAAAACCAUAUUGAAAAAGGAGGAACCAAAAGUAGCUGGUACAGGUAAACGUGUAAGGGUAGGAAUCUUGUAUAGCCGCAAGUCUCCAAUACUUUAAUGGCAUAGGGGUUUUAUUAAUUGUCAUAAUUCUGUAGUUUAUGUCUUUAUUAUAAAAGAAAUGAUAUUGAAUAUGUAUCCAAUUCCUCAUCCAGGUAUGCGCACUGUCUAGUAGAAGUGAAACAUGUUUAAGGAGGACGUGUCACCUACAAACAAGUGUCAGUUCCUCAUUCCUUUGCUUGGCAAAACAUGUAAAUUUUAAAAAUGAAGAAACUAGUAAGAAUUUAAAAAAAUAUAUAUAUAGUUAUUGUUUCAGUUUGUGCUAAAAUUAAGGAAGUGACAGUUCCUUUUAAAAUAUUAUGUAUAUAAGCCAUGAUUUUAUGUCUGUUGUGUUUUUUUCUUGCAGGUGAAAGCGAUGUAACAAAAUGCUUUUGUUGUGGUGGAUUAUUAAAAGACUGGAAGCUUAAAGAAGAUCCAUGGGAAGAACAUGCAAAAUGGUAUCCAGGGUAAGACAGAGACCUGUGUCUGGCUUUACUGGAAGAGUCUGAGCAUUGUUGUUCAGUGCUUUUAACAGUUUGAGAGAGAUGAGAUGUAAACUACACAAAAAAUUGCACACUACUUUGUCUCUGUCUUGAAACGUGAUUGUUCUGACUGUUGUGGCACUGCAAGCUUGAAUUUAAUUAAAAAAAAAAAAAAAUGCGUACUCAAAUGUUAAAAGUAAUCAUAACAUCCAUUCUUAACCUUUUUUAAGUAGGAAAACCCCUUGUUAACAAUGAUGUUAUAACCAAAUACCUUUACUGUUAAAGGAACACUAUUGCUGAGGACCUUUCGGCUCACGGCAGGUGGUUGUGGAGGCAGAGAGAGGAGCCUAGCGGACUUCAGCUAAGAAGUCAAACUGUUCAAAAAUAGUUUACUCCUUACAAUGAAUACAGUGAGGGAGUGCCAGGGCACUUAUGGCUCCAUAUUAAUUAUAGCAAGCUGUAGUGGUUGUGGCGCUUGGAGAGUUCCUUUAACUGUAUAUUUUUGUAAUACUCUUAAUGUUGAUUUGAAAUGCUCUGUUUCGUGUAUACAUAUUUAAAUGGAAUGGUCAGUAAAAACAAUGCGGUAGCCGGAAAUAAAGUAGAAAAGGAGGCAGAAGUGUCAAAUUCUAGGGAACCACUUUUGGGUAAUUCUGUUGGGAAACUGUUUAGCCCCUGGAGGUAAGACAGCAUACAUACCCUACUGACCCCAUAUAAACAUUGAUAUUAAAGGACCACUAUAGGCACCCAGACCACUUCAGCUUAAUGAAGUGGUCUGGAUGCCAGGUCCAUCUAGGAUUAACCCUGCCUGCUGUAAACAUAGCAGUUUCAGAACUACGCUCUUAAAGUGACCACGUCAUCAUAGCGAUCCUAAUCUGUUUUGGAUCGCAGUGAUGACGUGGAUCUAUCAGAACAUAGGUAGGCCUAUUUAAGGCUUGUUUUAGCCACCAUUCAUUGCCCUAUUGUCGUUUCUGUUAGAUCCUCAUUUAGUGCUCCUAGAAAUUCCCUUGUGAUUUCCUGUGUUUGACCUCGUCUUUGUAUUUGACCCGUGAUUUCUGGUAUCCUGACCUCGGCUUCGUAUUUCACUCGUGAUUUCUGGUAUCCUGACCCGGCUUUGUCUUGACUCUGAGUAUUUCUGUUAUCCUGUCCUUAAUUUAUCUUGACCCUGUUUCUUGUUGUAUAAUACGUUAAGUCCGGCCAUUCUAAGGCUCGGUAAUACGUCUUUUGGAUCCACAUUUUGUGGGUUUCCUCUUUCCUGCGUGUUGGGGUAUGACUUCCGUGACAGUAGUCUAGUCAGCCUGAUAUGCCUGAUAGUAGAGCUGAGGCUUGCUGCUGAGAGAUGCGCCACUGAUUGGCUAAGAGUGUCAGUCACUAAGCCAAUCAGUUGCCCCCAUUCAUAAAAAUUACUUGAGAAAUAAGUGUGUUGUUUCUCAAGCCGUUUUGUGAGUGGGGAGGUACUGAUUGGCUUAGAGCAUCUGCUGAUGCUCUCAGUCAAUCAGUGGUGUCCCUAUCAGAGGCUUCCUGUUUCGAGAAGCGAUCGGCUUGGGCAGAACUAAAUGGCGCUGGAUUAAAGACAUUGGGUAAAAACCAUUCGUAACCGUUUUAGCCCUAAGGGUAAGCCAGUGCCAGGGACCUGCUGGCAUCAUUACAACUUUGGUUUGAAGAUUGCGUAUUUUUUUUACAAAAAGUGCAGAUUUCAAUAGGAAUUGAUGCUUCCAUAAACAAACCUUGUUACGCCCCCCUUGACUUUCAACCAGUCCUGUUACUUCCUGGUUCGGUUAACUCAAUGGAGCUAAACUCAAGAGGCAGCAAUUGCUCAGAACACCUGCCUUGCAAAGACUUCUCAUUGAGCUGCAUUUGGAAGUGCGGGCUGGAAAAGAAGUGGAGGGCUUUCAUUAGGUGCUGACAAUAGAUCUUUUGUAAGCUGUUUUUAGAUAUACCCCCAAUGAUUACAUGUAUAAUUUUAUUUUGUACUUGGGCAGUGGAGUGUCCCUUUUACACCAUAUGCCUUCACACAGCUUUAUAAACUCACUAUACUAUACAUUCAGACAUAUGCAUUUGAGAAAUCUCAGUAACUUUCUUUAUAAAAUUGUGUUGUUGUUGUUUUAAAAUGCUUUUAAAUCCCUAUAAUUUUUUUCAUGAUUUUUUUUUUUUUUUUUUGGCAGGUGCAAAUUUCUCAUAGAAAAAAAGGGCCAGCAUUUUAUAAAUACCAUCCAGCUAAUGCGACCCUUGGAAAAGAAGAUGGUACGUUUUUGUAAUAUAUAUAUAUAUAUAUAUAUUUAUUUUUGUAACCAUUAUCAUCAUUUUUUUUAUUUUUUUUAGCAGGGAUCAUCAUUCCUCUGAAGCCAUCCCUUCUAUCAGUAUGAAACUAUUUUCUAACAGUUUAUCACUGAAUAAGGGUCCGCCGGCUCCCACUGUCCAGCCCCUACUGGAGGCAUGGCUAAUUUGAAGAUUAUGCUCUUCCUUGGCCAUAAUGGUUCUUAUCAAUAUUGGGCGCUGUGAUAGACUGAGAGAAAUUAAUCAUUGGACACUCUCAGACAUUCAUUACCGCCCAUUGAUGCUCUGCCUGUUGCUUCCUCAUUAACCUGAAUAGCACAGAGAGCAAAGUGGCUGUUAGGGACACUCGUUUAUCAUUAAUCCAUUUAAAAACAAUAUAACACUGAAUAAAAGGAUGGCAUCGGGAGACUCCACACAGUACCCACAUUUCAGUGUGUUGAAGCAGUUACAAUGUAUUGAGUGUUCUUUUAAGACUCCAGGUUUUACUCUCCAUUAUUUUACAUGGAUUAUACAUACAAAAUGAAAAUCUGCAUCUUCUUCUCAUGAUUAAAAACAAAGGAAUAGUUUUAGCUUUUGGAUAUCUGUAUCAUGCACAUAUUGUCAGAAACCCCCCACGAAGUAGCUGUUAGUUCCAGCCAGUCUGCUUUCUCUCUUAGAGAUAAAUGGCUCCUAUGCAGUUCUUCUCCUGUUAAUCUCUGAGAAAGAUGGCCACUAGUGUAACGGACAUGUGCUGCACAUGCUCUUUGUUAAUACAUAUUGUGAACAAUGCUGUUAUGUGCAGAUUCAGCCAUGCAUGGCAUUUAAUAUUGGACCCUUGCAGGAAGGCUGUUCAUUUGAGGUGCACCCUGUUUGAGUUGCCUAAGAAGGCAUGCCCGAUACACGUCUUAUCUGUGUCUGUUAAGUCCCAUAAGUGUGCCUAGUCAAAUCCAUGCAUGUUUUGAUUUGGGUUAUAUCUAUUAAAUAGUGAUUUUUAUUAACUUUUUUUUAUUUGUAUUUGGGCAGUGGAGUGUCACUACAAUAACACCAUAUGCUUUCACACAGCUUUAUAAAUACAUGCAGAAUAGUAUACAACCGAGAAAUAAAGCCAAGGAAGGGUGGAUACUUAGGGAUACUACUGAGUAAGUGUAGGAGGGGAAAAAAAUGGCUGACUUUCAGUGCCCAUGCUUUUAUGUUGUUUUAGUGUUUAUUGCUUUAUGUAGAAAUAACAUAUGCAAAAUGUAAAUUAUUAUAACUUGACACAAUUGAAAAUACAUUUAUCCAGGCACAUCCAGUAAGAGAUUACAAGAAAAGUAGGAUGGAAUCAUUGUGUCAUUCCACUACCUUCCAUGUUCUGUUUUAUAUGGUGCCAGUCUUUCAAAUUGUAGAGCAUACUUAAUAAAACUGUAUAAUCAAAAGCCCUAUCCCAGUGAUCCUUGUCACAACAGGUGUUUACAAAACGCAUUUCCUAAGAUGCACAGCCAAUUUUAGCUAUCAGUACUAUAGAACAGUUGACCAGUGCACUUACAUAGUUCAUUGUCUUUCAAUACAUCUAAUAGUAAUUGUUUUAUCUGGUUUUCUUUCCCUGUAGGCGGCAUGUGCAGAAAAUAUUCCUAGUUUACCUGCUGGUAUGUAUACUGUUUAUGUAUGGCAUCUAUAUGUUCAAACUUUUGUGGACAUUUCGCACUUUAUAUGCAUACAGAGUUAUCCACCAACAUUAGAUUGACAUGGCAUUCAAAGUGUGCACUAUUGUAAAAGACCUUUAUAAACAGACAUACAGUUAAAAAAACUGAUGAUCAAAUAGUUAUAUCGAGAGUGAAAUUCCUUACAAAGUUGUCCUCACAUUAUUGCUCCUUUUUCCCUUCUCUGAUGUCGGAAGUGAAAUGGAUGCUGGCACCCUCAUGGUCUCGCAAUCUUCCUGUAGUUUGUCGUUCAAAAGACGAAACCAGAAAUCUUAGCGUUGUGUGUUCAGCCUCACUUCUUAGUCUGAUGACGUAGAUCUGAAGUCUAUAGCACUUAUACCUAUUAUAUUCUAUCAAUUGGUUACCUGUGUCAUACAUAAUCGUCUGCCGUGCAGCUAGUAAAAGAAAGCGCUCCACCAUGAUAAGUUUUUUUCGCCUUUUAAAGGUGAUAAGAAUACUUACAUUUAUAUCAGAAUCUAGCUUUCCACCCAAAAUAUAUCUAGUUUUAAAGCUUUAGCUGUUUACAGAUGGGCUCCCUUUUCCAAUUUUCUACCUCUAUAUUCUCAAUUUUGUUGGUUGUUUUCUACCUAUAUGUCUAUUAUACACAAUCAGAGAAACAAAAGCAACAAAUCUGCUAAUUUGCCAUAAAGCUUUUUUUUUGUGCCACUACUUUUCCCAAUUAGUCCCCAAUUGGUAUCUCUUAUUUGGAAUUGUAAAAGUAAGCACACUUGAUAUUUUGGUUUUGGCAGCAACUAAAAGAAAUGUAUCUUUUUAGAUAGUGAAUUAAUGAAGAAUCCAUUGGUGACUGGUGCCCAGAAAAUGGGUUUCAAUUUUGAGGACAUAAAGAUGGCAAUGAGAAAAAAACUGGAGGCUACAAGAGAAAUGUAUACAUCAAUUGAAAUCUUGGUGUCAGACUUGCUAAAUGCUCAGACUGAAAUAGAAGAUGAAAAGCCCAAGGAGAAAGGUACAUUUUUCCACUCCUCCGUAUGUAUUUUUCUUUGAAGUGAGCACCUUUUCUGAAAAUGUAUAGUUUGUUUUGCAAUUCUGCCUUAUCACACAUAGCUUCAAAGUGGUUAAAUGGAGCAUCGUGGAUUCUUCCCCCCCCACCCUUUUAUGAGUACUCUUGACUAAUCCACGCGAAUGUGCAUUUUAUGUUAACGCAUGGAAUAGGCAAAAAAUUAUUUUUAAAAUUGGACAUACUACUUUAACUAUGAACAAAAUGAAAUUUGGUUUAAAGGAAUACUCCAAGCUCACUGUAGUGCGUAAUGUGGCAGGAGUGCCUUGAUGACUUUCCAGGCAAUAUGACAAAUGGUUGUGAAACAACUUACCUGAUUCCCUCGGGCAUCUGCCCUGCAUCUGACUUCUCCUGCCAGAUGUCUUUACUGAGCUAAGCAGGUCCAGUAAAGGACCACACUCAUUGUCUGAGAUCAGUCAGCUGACAGUCUCAAAUAAUGAGAGUGGGUCUUAACUAAUGAGAGUGUCCCUGCUUAGCUCUGUAAUGUUAACCAUAUUCUCUUCCUUUAAGAGCACCCUGUACCUUAUAAACCACACACUUAUUACAAAUUUUUCAGUAGAGCUCUUCCUGUAAUUUUAUUUUUAAAUAGUAUUGCAUGCCAAAUGUUUCUUUAUGUAGUAGGAUUUUUUUAAGUGUUUACGUUUAAAAUACUUCAUAACUGUCUUUUUUUUUUUUAUCCUUUACAUGUGAUACAUUUGUUAUAAAUAAUUAUUUGAAAACUAAAUUUUGUUAUACAAAAAUAAGUCCUGCGUUUAAACUCCCACUACCCCUGGCGGGCAGCAAUGACUAUUGUGCGGUGUAGUGGAUAGUGUGCAAAUAACAAUUUUCUCUGGUUUUUAAUACAUGUUGAUAAAUGCCUGUCAAGUAAAUAAUUUAUUUUUAUCUACAGAGAGCAGCAUUGAGGAAAAAUUGAGACAGCUGGAGGAGGAAAAAAUCUGCAAACUGUGUAUGGACAAAGGAAUAUCCAUUGUCUUCAUCCCAUGCGGCCAUCUUGUGGCUUGUGUAGAAUGUGCAGAACAGGUUGACAGGUGUCCCAUUUGUUGCAUGGUUAUUCAAAGAAGACAGAGAAUAUUUAUGUCUUAAACCAAAUUCACCAACACUAGACUUUGAUCUUUUGUAAAAUAACUAUUUCAACUGAAUCAUUAAAAUUAUAUAAUUAUAAACACUGGAACUGUGCCUUGGAAAUGUACAUGUGUCAUAAAUACAUAAAAAGUUUGUAUUUAAUGCAAUUGGCAAAAAUACAACCUGCUUUGUGGUUACUGAAACCAUUUACAAACUCGAAAAUAAUCUGUCAGAUUAUAUUCUCCAUCUAUGGGUGUGUAGAAAAAAAAGUAGGCAUUAAAAAAAAAAGAAAAAAAACCUCUCUAAUUCUUGACUAUCAGAGCACUGUCGCUCACGAACUAUGACCGUGUUAAUCACCAAAAUUAUGCUCUUGCCAUCCCAUCUCUGAUAGUAAUAGUUUGUUGAUAAUAAGACCAGUGGUGUUUUAAUCUACAAAUAAUUGUAUCUAUGCAUUGUGUUUGCUUGGCAAAAAGGACAAUGUAUAGGUUUACAGGCAAACUUAAUAUAAACUGGAAGACCCAAUAGCCAGUUCUAGACAAGCUAUGUGGAUUAACUGCACGAAUGUUCCACAUCUUCAACUGACGUAAGAUCCUCAAGCCUGUAGUAAUGGAGUAUUGUAACAGGAAUGUAAUGAAUGAGUCCUUUUUUAUAUUUUAGUUUCAUACAAUUUUUUUUGUGUCAUCGUAAUUAUGGUAUUAACUUUACCUGUCUCUGACUAGAGUUAAUAAUUGCAUAUUUACAAAUGGUUCUAGCCUUGUAAUUGGCUGAGUGAUGAUUAAGAAAUUAGCCCACUGAUUACUCAUUUGAUUACACUAUAAUGGGAAAAUGGGAUAAUGUGAUCGCUUUUUAGAAAAGUGUGAAUGUAGAGCCAAGUUAAAGAAGUGCAGAAAUCACAAUGGAAACCAGUAGAAUACCCCUGCUGAUUCCACUGGUUUCCAUAGUAAUUACUUCACUUUUAAAGCUAUGACCCACUUUUCACUUAUUGAUACUGGUAUGAUCUCCUUAGUGUGCUUUGUACAGCUUGCGUUAGAUAAUGUGCUCUGGCAAUUACUAGAGAAUGAUUGACUGCAUUAUGAUUAAUCUUGUUAGUACGGUGUAUCAUUUUGAUGGACAAUGCAAACACUAUCAUUAAGGCAAACACAGCAGACCCGAUUGGCAACAGGUAAUUUUAAAAUUAAGCAGUCACUGAAAAGUGACAUCACAUAGAACAAGGCCUAGCAUCCCUAUAGUGGGUAUCGAAGACUUUGUUUAUUAGGAUAUAAUCUGAACGUGCUUUGAAAUUUAUAUCAUAUAGAUGGCCUAUAACAUUACAGAAGUAUGAACGAUGUUUCAUAAUGUUACACUUACUUCUUCCCUCGUAUCUAGUGAGAUGCACCUAGUUGCAGGAUAAGUCUAAAAUACUAAUGCACUGGAAAUGAAGUCAGGUAUAUGGAAUAUCUGUGUGUAUAAUGCAAUAGAAUUUUACAAAAUUAUAUAAUUUUAAAUGUGUAUAAAUAUGAAUGGAUUUUCAUUUGGAUAAUGCACUUGUUUGAUUCAUUGUAUCUUUUAACCCUUUUGUGAUAUGUCAGGCCAGGUCUUGACCUAGAUGGGGGGGUUUUUCUGAGCCCUUUGUUCCUAAAGGGUUAACUUUUUCUUCUGUGGCUUUCCAUAUUCCAGUAAUUUUAUCAUGAUUUAAAUGUUUCAUUCUCUAGUGUAAAACAUAUUUAAAGGGCUCAAGUUUAGCCAGUCUUGGAAUCUGGUUAGAUCAGAGCUUCUAGCACUUUGAUUAUGGAGAAAUGUGCUUCCUGGUCUGUCUAUUUUUGUUCUUACUCAUAUACAACUCUAAACUAAAUACUAAAGCAGUGACCGCUCACCUUUGCACCCUAGAUAGUUUUAAAAUAUGGGGGUUAUGUAUAAAUGGUGCAAUCUCCAAAACUAAGCAUGCUCUUGUUGGUCAUUUUUUUUACUUUUGCACCUGUACAUUAUGUAUAAAGAUGCUUAAACUGGAUUUAUUCUCCUAUAUGUGACUUUUAUUUACAAUGUUGAUGAUGUCAAAUACAAGCAAUGCAAACAUAACUCCCUUUUGCUCCUAUUUUUAUAAACUAUCUGCAGCAUUAUCUGCUGUGCCACCGCUAGUACAGAAGGAUUUUCCUCUGCAACAAAUCUAUAAAAUACACAAGUACAAGCUUUAACUGCACUACUUUUGUCAUGAAAACGCUUUUAUGUAUAACCCCUUAUAUUUGUUGGAAGGAAAUGCCAGCCUUUAAAGGGACUCUCCAGUGCCAGGAAAACAAAUCCGUUUUCCUGGCACUGCAGAAUCCAGCAGUGCCCCUCUCCCUUCCAACCCCCAUCUAAUGUUCCUGAAGGGAGGCAUUAUUCAAUGCUUUCCUAUGGGGAUUCCGGCAACGUUGGAAGUCCUCAUGCAUUGAUUGAGGACGUCCAGCAUCGUUUAAAACACUUUUCGUGUUUUAAGAAGCCGAAAGUCCCUUUAGUGGCUGUCUGAUAGACAGUCACUAGAGGAGGACUUAACCCUACAAGGUAAUUAUUGCAGUUAAUAAAAACUGCAAUAAUUACACCUGUAGGGUUAAGGCUGAUGGGAGUUGGCACCCAGACCACUCCAAUGGGCAGAAGUGGUCUGGUUGCCUGAAGUGUCCCUUUAAGCUGGUUGAACAAUAUGGGGAAUGUAGUUCACCAACUUCUGGCUUGCCAAAGUGAACCAUCACUACAAAAAAAGGAUCUUUUGACAUUUUGCACAAAUGAGCACUGGUUCUACUCAAUUUUCUAAAUUAAUUGUAUAUUAACAUUUUAAUUCAAUGUCAUUUUCAUAUAUUUUGUGUAAAAAAUAAAUAAAAAGUUGUAAAAUAGACAUGUUGCCAUAGAAAAUGCAAGCUUAAUGUGUGGGUCAACAUAAGUACUACUUCCGAGAGGCACUGUAAGACUUACAGGAGAAAUAAAUGAGCUCUCGCUACCAAAUUGACAUUAAAAAAAGCAGUAACAAAGUACAAGAAUCCCAGCACCUUGUGUAAACAGCAAUGAAGAAUAUAAAUGAAAAGCGUUACAUGGGGCCUUAUUACAGGAAAUGCACCUCAUUAAAAACCAUGCAAUGUACAUACAUAUAAAUAUAAAAGAAAAUUCUUCUUAACCUCUUAAGGACACAUGACAUGUGUGACAUGUCAUGAUUCCCUUUUAUUCCAGAAGUUUGGUCCUUAAGGGGUUAAAGGCAAGCAAAAAGAGCGAUUAUAUAUGUAUAUGCAGAAAAAACAUAAAGAGAUCACAGGGCAAUGUGCAGAAUUCUAAAGGGGCACUAAAAAGCCAACAAAGCCACGCUCACACUAUGGCGAGCUAUUCCAUGCUUAAACCAGAUGGCAUGGACGAUUAUACAGCUCCAUCAUGUGUGAGCCUUUUCUCCCUCUCUCUCUGCUUUUUUGCCUUUACUAAGAAUUUUAUUUUAUAUGUAUGCAUAUUACAUUUAUGGAUAAAAUAAAAUAAAUUUUUAAAGUACCCCGUAUAUACUCGAGUAUAAGUCGACCCGAAUAUAAGUCGAGACCCCUAAUUUUACCCUCAAAAACUGGGAAAACUUAUUGACUCGAGUAUAAGACUAGGGUGGAAAAUGCAGCAGCUACUGG